UUGUGAAGAUUAUGGUUAUGUUAGGAAGUAAAGUAUUUGAGCGUAGCUAUAAACAUUUGAAAGAGAAGGGAAGGGAAUAAAAAGGGAAGAGCGGGAUGCAUAGUGAUUAGGAACCACGAGUUGGCGCGAAAGCAAAGGGAAGAAGAAGAAAGUGCCGAAGUUGAAGGGCAUUGCGAAGAAUGUCUUCUCAUGGAUCCAGACCCACACCCUCACCCUCAUCCUCACCUACAUUCACUUCCACUUCUUUCUCCUUUCAUUUUCCCUUUUCUCUCACUUUCAUCUUCACCCUUUCUCACUUUCAUCUUCACCCUUUCUCACUUUCUUAACACAUUUCAUUCUAAUAGCACGAUCAGAUCCCUAACUUUUAUCCUUCUCUUUAUGAACCGCGACGAUGGGGACUCCCGUGAAUAUUAUUGUGGGUUCUCAUGUCUGGAUUGAAGACCCAGAGGUAUCUUGGAUUGAUGGACAGGUAUUAAAAAUCAAUGGAAAGGAUGCUGAAAUUGAAACUACCAAUGGAAAAAAGGUCAAUGCAAAUUUAUCAAAAAUAUAUCCUAAGGACAUGGAAGCUCCUCCUGGUGGAGUGGAUGAUAUGACUAAACUGUCCUAUUUGCAUGAGCCUGGAGUCCUGCAGAACUUGAAGGCUAGAUAUGAAUUGAAUGAAAUAUACACUUAUACUGGAAAUAUUCUGAUUGCUAUAAAUCCAUUCCAAAGACUACCUCAUAUUUAUGGUGCGCACAUGAUGCAACAAUACAAGGGAGCACCAUUUGGAGAAUUAAGCCCUCAUGUAUUUGCAGUUGCUGAUGUUGCAUAUAGGGCGAUGAUUAAUGAAAAAAAAAGCAAUUCAAUUCUAGUCAGUGGGGAAAGUGGAGCUGGUAAAACUGAAACGACAAAAAUGCUUAUGCAGUACCUUGCUUUCUUAGGUGGUAGGGCUGGUACCGAAGGACGGACAGUUGAACAACAAGUUCUUGAAUCAAAUCCAGUUCUGGAAGCAUUUGGAAAUGCUAAAACUGUUAGGAAUAACAAUUCUAGUCGAUUUGGUAAAUUUGUUGAGAUCCAAUUUGAUAAAAGUGGAAGAAUAUCAGGAGCAGCCAUCCGAACAUAUCUUCUAGAGAGAUCUCGGGUUUGCCAAAUUAAUGAUCCUGAAAGGAAUUACCAUUGCUUUUAUCUUCUUUGUGCUGCACCGCACGAGGAAAUUGAGAAAUACAAAUUAGGAAAUCCUAAAUCAUUUCACUACCUUAACCAGUCAAAAUGCUAUGAACUGGCUGAUGUAAGUGAUGCUCGUGAAUAUCUUGCCACUCGAAGAGCUAUGGAUAUUGUUGGAAUAAGUCAAAAAGAUCAGGAAGCCAUUUUCAGAGUUGUUGCUGCAAUUCUUCAUAUUGGUAAUAUUGAAUUCACCAAAGGAAAAGAUGUUGACUCGUCGGUUCCAAAAGAUGAUAAUGCCAAAUUCCACCUAAAAACAACUGCUGAGCUUCUCAUGUGUGAUGCUGAUGCCUUGGAAGAUGCGUUAUGUAAGCGUGUCAUGAUCACCCCUGAAGAAGUUAUAAAAAGGAGCCUUGACCCCCAAAGUGCAGCGGUGAGUAGAGAUGGAUUGGCAAAAACAAUUUAUUCUCGGCUAUUUGACUGGCUGGUGGACAAGAUAAAUAAUUCAAUCGGACAAGACCCCAAAUCUAAAUCUUUGAUUGGGGUCCUUGAUAUCUAUGGUUUUGAAAGUUUUAAAGCUAACAGUUUCGAGCAAUUUUGCAUUAAUUUCACAAAUGAGAAGUUGCAGCAACAUUUCAAUCAGCACGUGUUUAAAAUGGAACAAGAAGAAUAUACAAAGGAGGAGAUCAAUUGGAGCUACAUUGAAUUUGUUGACAAUCAAGAUGUUUUGGACCUUAUUGAGAAGAAACCUGGAGGAAUCAUUGCUCUCCUCGAUGAAGCUUGCAUGUUCCCAAAAUCAACUCAUGAAACAUUUGCAAACAAGCUUUAUCAAACAUUUAAGAAUCACAAGCGCUUUAUUAAGCCAAAAUUGUCUCGAACGGAUUUCACAAUUGCUCAUUAUGCUGGGGAGGUACUAUACCAGUCUGAGCAAUUCUUAGACAAAAACAAGGAUUAUGUUGUUCCAGAACAUCAAGAUUUAUUGAGUGCUUCCAAAUGUUCUUUUGUAUCUGGCCUUUUUCCACCACUUCCAGAAGAGACGUCAAAAUCUUCCAAAUUUUCUUCAAUUGGUUCUCGUUUUAAGCUUCAACUACAAAGCCUAAUGGACACAUUAAAUUCUACAGAACCCCAUUACAUUAGAUGUGUGAAACCAAACAACCUCCUCAAGCCUGCAAUUUUUGAGAAUAUCAAUAUUAUGCAACAACUUCGUUGUGGUGGUGUCUUGGAGGCAAUCAGAAUCAGUUGUGCUGGCUACCCUACUCGUCGUGCUUUCUUUGAAUUUAUAAACAGAUUUGGCAUCCUUGCCCCAGAGACCAUGGAAGCAAACUGCGAUGAAAAAACUGCUUGCCAAAAGAUUCUGGAAAAGAUGGAGCUUAAAGGAUAUCAGAUUGGAAAAACAAAAGUAUUCUUGAGAGCAGGUCAGAUGGCUGAAUUAGAUGCUCGGAGAGCUCAAGUACUUAGUAAUGCAGCAAAAGUUAUCCAACGACGUGUACGAACCCAUCAAGCACGCAGACACUAUCUUGCAUUGCGUAAGAAGACCAUAUACGUGCAGUCUCGGUGGAGAGGAAGACUUGCAUGUAAACUCUAUGAGCAUCUGAGAAGGGAAGCUGCUGCUGUGAAAAUUCAAAAGAACAUACGUAGACAUGAAGCUAGGAAAGCCUAUAAAGAACUUCAGGCGGCAGUACUUACACUGCAACGAGCUAUAAGGGCCACUGCUGCUCGCAAGGACUUCAGAUUUAGGAAGCAGACUAAAGCUUCCAUCAUCAUUCAGGCUCGGUGGCGGUGUCACAAAGCUGCCAUAUAUUAUAAGAGGCUGAAGAAAGGUACAAUAGUUACACAGUGCAGAUGGAGGGGGCGUGUAUCCAGGAGAGAACUUAGGAAACUGAAAAUGGCUGCAAAAGAAACUGGUGCCUUACAAGAAGCAAAGGAUAAACUUGAAAAACGAGUGGAGGAACUAACAUGGCGUCUCCAACUAGAAAAAGGUUUAAAGACAAAUUUGGAAGAAUCCAAAGCUCAGGAGAUAGCAAAACUGCAGAAUUCAUUGCAGGAGUUGCAGAUCAAAUAUGAAGAAACUAAUGCUCUGCUCAUUAAAGAGAGAGAGAAUGUAAAGAAAGUUGUUGAAGAAGAACCUCCUGUCAUUAAAGAAACACAGGUUAUUGUUGAAGAUACACAGAAGAUUGAGACACUGACAGCAGAAAUUGAGAGCCUAAAGACCUCGCUUGAGUCAGAGAAACAGAAAUCUGAUGACUUUGAAAGAAAAUACAAUGAAGCCCAAGCUUGUAGUGAAGAGAGAGGUAAAAAAAUAGAAGACAUGGAGAAGAAGGGUCGUCAGCUUCAAGAAUCAUUGACUAGGCUAGAAGAGAAGAUUACUAAUUUAGAAUCAGAGAAUCAGGUACUACGUCAACAAGCUGUGUCCAUGGCUCCUAACAAGUUCCUUUCAGGUCGUUCAAGAUCAAUCAUCCAGAGAACUGAAAGUGGUCAUAUUAUACCGGAAGCAAAGACACCUGUGUCUAAUCAGGAAAUGCAUAGUGCAUCAAUGCACCGGAGGGAACCCUCUGACGGUUUGGAUGAUAAACCACAAAAGUCACUAAAUGAGAAACAACAGGAGAAUCAAGAGUUACUCAUCAGAUGUAUUGCACAACAUCUUGGCUUUGCUGGGAACAGGCCAAUUGCUGCCUGUAUCAUAUACAAAUGCCUUUUGCACUGGCGAUCUUUUGAAGUUGAGCGUACUAGUGUUUUUGAUCGUAUCAUCCAAACUAUUGGCCAUGCAAUUGAGACCCAGGAUAAUAAUGAUGUCUUGGCUUAUUGGUUAUCCAAUGCCUCUACACUUCUCUUGUUACUCCAGCGCACACUCAAGGCUAGUGGUGCUGCUGGAAUGGCUCCUCAACGCCGCCGUUCUUCAUCUGCAACCUUGUUUGGGAGGAUGACUCAAAGUUUCCGUGGAACUCCAGCUGGAGUAAACCUUUCCCUAGUCAAUGGUAGCGCAAGCAGAGGAGUAGAUACAUUAAGACAAGUUGAAGCCAAGUACCCUGCCCUGCUUUUCAAACAGCAGCUUACAGCAUAUGUGGAAAAGAUAUAUGGAAUGAUUCGUGAUAAUUUGAAGAAAGAAAUUUCUCCCUUGCUCGGAUUAUGCAUCCAGGCACCAAGAACAUCGAGAGCAAGCCUUGUUAAGGGAUCAUCACGUUCUGUUGCAAACACUGAAGCCCAGCGUGCCUUGAUUGCUCACUGGCAGGGGAUAGUGAAGAGCCUAGGAAACUUUCUAAACACUUUGAAAGCUAACCAUGUUCCUCCCUUUUUAGUUCGUAAGGUGUUCACGCAAAUUUUUUCUUUCAUCAAUGUACAAUUGUUUAAUAGUCUUCUUUUACGACGGGAGUGCUGCUCAUUUAGUAAUGGAGAAUAUGUCAAAGCUGGUCUGGCUGAAUUGGAGCAUUGGUGUUAUAAGGCAACAGAUGAGUAUGCAGGUUCUGCCUGGGAUGAGCUCAAACAUAUUAGACAAGCUAUUGGAUUUCUGGUCAUUCAUCAGAAACCAAAGAAAACAUUGGAUGAAAUAAGCCAUGACCUGUGCCCAGUCCUUAGUAUACAGCAACUAUAUCGUAUAAGCACCAUGUACUGGGAUGACAAAUAUGGAACGCAUAGUGUGUCUUCUGAUGUCAUAUCCAACAUGAGAGUAUUGAUGACUGAAGAUUCAAAUAAUGCAGUUAGUAACUCUUUCCUGUUGGAUGAUGAUUCAAGCAUUCCGUUUUCUGUUGAUGACAUAUCGAAAUCAAUGGAACAGAUAGAUAUUGCAGAUAUAGAGCCCCCGCCACUAAUUCGUGAAAAUUCAGGCUUUAGCUUUUUGUUGCCGCGCCCAGAUUGAGAGCUUUUGGUGUAGAUUUUGAUCCACCAGUAUUGUUGCCCACCACCAUGGAGUUACCAAGUCACAUCAGUUAGAUGCUAUCAUGGUUGUGCUUGAACUGUUGACUUUGGUUGUCUGAACAGGUCAUUGUAUUAAACAUACCAAAAUUUACAUCUCAGGGAUGGAUGACAAAACAUAGAUCAUCACGUCGUGCAAGUGGAUUUUUGGGCUGAGGGUAAAAGGAAUAAUACUGUAAUAGCCUUUUUCGAUAAAGUUUUCAUCCUCAUUUUUUAUGAAC